UGGUGGACUUUACUAGUAGUUGGAUAGAAAGUUGAGUAGGAUAACAGGGUUCAAUGAUUCGUCUUAUUACUCUAGAUGCCUUUAAUACCUUACUAACAGUUCGUGGUAGUGUUGGACAAAUAUACAGCAAGACUGCAAAGCAGCAUGGCCUUUGCAUAAAUCCUAUGUUACUGGAUUCACAAUACAAAAAAAUCUACAAAAACUACUACAAAAAAUAUCCAAACUUUGGGGUUCAAAAUAAUAUCAGCACUCAAUGUUUUUGGCACAAAAUUGUUCACACAACAUUUAAGAAUUCUGGCUGUGAAGAUGAUGACUUAAUCUCCAAUAUUGCUUCUUCUCUUUAUCAAGACUUUAGACUCCCUGAAAACUGGCAAUUGUUUGAUGAUGUCCAUCCAGUUUUAGAUCUUUUGAAGAAUACAGGCUACAAGUUAGGUGUUGUGUCUAACUUUGACGAAAGAUUACCUGCUAUACUACAAGGACUGGACGUUUUGAAAUACUUUUCUUUCGUGCUGUGCUCAACUGAAGUCAAGGUCGCCAAACCGUCUCCAAAGAUAUUUCAGCUGGCACUUCAGCAUGGUGAAGUUAAGGCAUAUCAAGCAUUGCAUGUUGGUGAUAGUGUAGUUAAGGACUAUAAUGCAGCUAAAGCUAUAGGAAUGAAAGCAUAUGUUAUAGACAGAUUCUUUAAUUUUACACUCGAGGAUAAUAGUGUUGUUGAUCCUAAUCAUGUUAUAACAAGCUUAAAACCUUUACAUGUACUACAUUGAGAAUGUAUAGAAAAUAAAUCAGUAGUUUGAAUUAUUUUUA